GGUUGAUUGUUCUCUGAUGGCAGAAACACAGGGGCAGAAGAGAAAAAUGGCGGGUAGAAGAAGGGAGGGAGAUUCGAAGAAAACAGCCCCAUCUUCCCACCCAUCUUCCCAGUGGCCAGCCAUUAAACCCAAGCAGGAUCUUCAGAUCAAUCGCCUCAAAGAAAAUGAUCUUUUCACCGUACCAAGUUUUUUCGCAAGUGUUGAGUCAAAAGCAUUCAUCAAGACGGCAGAGUCGAUGGGUUUUGUUCAUCAGGGGAGCCUCGGUCCUUCCAAAGGAGAAGCUUAUAGAGAUAAUGAUAGAAUUUCGGUGAAUGAUCCUGAUUUAGCAGACACCAUUUGGCGUUCGGGACUUGAUAAACAUUUUGCUGAUAUUAAAAUACGGGGAAAGGUUGCUGUUGGGUUGAAUCCAAAUAUCAGAUUUUACAGAUACAAGGUUGGUCAGCGCUUUGGACGUCAUAUUGAUGAAAGUGUUGAUCUUGGAGAAGGCAAGCGAACGUACUAUACUUUGUUAAUAUAUUUAAGUGGAGGUUCCAAAACUAAGACAAAAAAUGAUACCAACAAUUCCAAAGAUCCUUCUUCUGAGCCUCUUGUUGGUGGGGAAACUGUUUUCUAUGGUUGGAGGAAUGUCGUUGUGGCUGAGGUGGCUCCUACUGAAGGGAUGGCUCUUCUGCAUCUUCAUGGAGACAAAUGUUUGCUGCAUGAAGCUCGCAAUGUUACCAAGGGUGUCAAAUAUGUUUUCCGUUCAGACGUCAUAUUUUCUUGACGGUAAGUUUAGGUUGCAGUCUCGACGAAAAAUAAUUGAAUUACUUACACAUGGUUAAGAUUGUGCUAUUGACUUGGUUAUCUACAGGCUCCAUGAUGUCGUGAAAACUGCCAAACAGGUCACUAAGGUAUCCUCCUCAUUUGAUUCAAUGUCUAAACACCAGAUUUUAUAUUGUAAAAGAGCUCGUCCAAAGUUGAUUUUCUUGCGUCCAGGUUGGUCCCUGGAAUAGCUAAAGAAUUCAGUGUACCACUACUUGAAAUGGAACUGUUCAUAGUCUUAUAAGCUGUAUUACUAGGUGGCUUGUUGAAAUAUAUGACAUUUUACUGCAUAUGCCACUGAUAUGUGUUGUUUGGUAUAUUUACCUUCUUUCCUUUUCUGCCAAAGGAAUUUUAUUUUCUAAA